UUUUUUUCUUUUAGCCUUGAUUGAUUGAUUUUUAAUGUACAAGAAAGUUUUUCUGCUUUGUUCCGUUCUUUUCGGCCCUUUUUUUUAUCAAGUCACAUUCGGUUUCGAAUUUUUUUUUCUUGGCAACCAUUCAAAACACAUGCAAUCAUACGAUCAAUUGAUUUAACGAUAAAAACAUCGAUCAAUUAUUAAUGGUUAUCAAUCAAUCAAUCAAUAAUCAAUUAACUGUCUCGCCUGUUUUUUGUUGUUUGUCACCAUAAUUCAUUCAAACGAUAUAUAAAAACCCUUGACCGGCUGUUUGUUUGUUAUUGUUUUUCAUUUAUGUUGACAUUUAUGUGAAUAUAAUUUUUGUUGAAAUUCAAACAGAAAAGAGAACAGUAAAGAAAUCCAUCAGAUGAUCAAAUAGUGUAUCCUGAGCAUGCAAAUAAACAAAUAAAUUCAAUUUUCGUUGGAUGAAAAUCAAUUUUAAUGAAUAUAAAUGAAACGAACAAACAAAAUGUCUUUUCCAUAUGAUCUAAAAGCAAAUGUACGACGAUCACAUUCAUCACCAUCGAGUGUGUCUCGUCUAAAUUUCAUCAAUCGUCAACGACAUCAAGAUUAUGAUGAAAAUGAUGCUGAUGAUGAAUAUCGUGAUAGUCAACAAUUCAAUCCAAAUGAAACAUAUUAUGAUUCAUAUCGUCGACAACAAUUACAACAGCAACAAUCGGGCAUCGGAAAUAAUAAAAUAUCUUUAAAUCGUCGUUCAUCGUUCAUACAUCAUCGUCAUUCAUUCCAUCAUCCACAGGAUUAUUAUUAUGAACAUCCAGAUUUUGUUCAUUUCACAUCCACUGAAUCUUGGUCAUUCCGUUGGACGGCUACAUUGGCCAUUAUUAGUGUACAACGGACAACAGCAUUGUUCAUACAAUGGAUUCUAUAUCCAUUUUAUUCCUUUACAGAAUAUUUUCGUCUACUAUUCCAUAUUAUUACUAAUUUAUUUUUUUCAUUAUUACAAUUUUAUGCAAUGAUUUUGGCAUUUGCCUGUGAUUAUUUAGGCCUUGGACAUUUUGCAUCAUCAUUACUUGCCUAUCUAAAUUCUCGUCGUAUCUGGCAACAGCAUCAACAAUUAUUACAAAAUUCUAAACAUUGUCCAGACGAGUUAUAUUCAAUAAAACGUUCAAUAUCUUGUGGCGAUAAUCUAGAUAUAAAAUCGUCACCGAAUCGAUAUUCAAUACAAUCACGUUCAUCGUUCCGUGGUUCAUCUGGAACGAUCACAGCACCAUCAAACACGGGACAAUUAGUGAGCUUUUUUAAAUCGGCGAGUAAAUUACCGCCAACAACAUCGGAUCCAUCAACAUGUCCGUGUUGUAAUCGAUUAGAUCAAGAACGACGACAACGUUCUAUUUCGUUGGUAUAUCCAUCUUCAUCAUCACAUCGACAACAAUCAUCCGGUUCAACAUCAUUACGGCGACAUCAUUCACAAUCAUCACGUUGUCAUAAUCAUAACGGGCAUUGUCAUAAUCAUCAACAUCAUAUUCAUAAUCGGUAUGAUUUAUUUGAUGCAUUAAAUCUUCCCACGCCUACGGUGGUUAAUGUGCUAAUUAAACCAAUUAUACAAACAAUACUUGAUUGGACUCAAGUGAAUACAGUACUUUCAUUAACUUGGAAAAUGAAACGGCGUGUUCGAAAAUUAUUUCGUUGGUGUCCAACGUCUCCCGAAGAACUAAAUGAAGCGGAAGAUAAAGUUCUUUCUUAUCUUAAAUGCAAUUAUCAAACAUAUUAUGUUGAUAUCGGUAGUCGUUGGGAUCUCGAUCAUGUUCGAAUAUGGACAUUAGAAAUUGAACCAGAUUCAAUGGUUAUGACAAGCAGUGAUGAUGAGAAUAGAGAAGUACAACCACCAGAUCUUUUGCCAAAAGUAGGCCUUAAAAAUCAACAUUAUUUACCGCCAAAAAUGUAUGGAUUACCAUUAGUCAUGAUUCAUGGAUUUGCUGCCGGUAUUGGAUUAUGGGCUUUGAAUAUAGAUGAAUUAGCCAGACGUGGUAAUCGUCCAAUAUUUGCAUUCGAUUUAUUGGGAUUUGCUAAAAGUUCACGUCCACGGUUUCCAAUGCCUCGGUUUCCUCGUAAUCUGACUGAAACGCAACGGAUCAAAGCCGAAGCAGAACAGAUGGAAAACUAUUAUGUAGAAUGUUUGGAAAAAUGGCGUCAAUCCAUUGGUGAACCAUUGUCCAACAAAUUUAUUCUGUUAGGACAUUCGUUUGGAGCUUAUAUCGCCAUGGCUUAUGCACUGAAACAUCCUAGUCAUGUUGCUCAUGUGAUAUUAGCCGAUGCAUGGGGUAUACCACCCGAAACUCAAUCUCGUCAUUUAGCCGCUUCGGGACACAUCACUACACGGCAAUUACCUUGGUGGGCUAAAUUAAUUGGUCGUAUGUUUUUGGAUAUCUUGAAUCCAUUAUCACUUUUACGAGCAAUCGGUCCAUGGGGACCAUUUGUGUUAAAUUCAGCAAGAGCAGAUAUCAAAUAUAAAUUUGAACGUCUUACCAAGGGUAUAGAUCAACCUUGGAAACGAUUUUCUGCAGCUAAACAAGCCGAAAAUCCUCCACCAUUGGAAAGUAGUGAUGAACUUUCAUCUGAUGAAUUGGAUUCAAUCGAUGGUCAAUUAGAUGAAAGUAGCAAGCCCAUUAAAUCAUCAAAAAACAAGGAGAAAGAAAAACCAUGUGUUUUUCUUAAUUACAUCUACCAUUGUAAUGCUCAAUCAAGACCAAGUGGUGAGAUUGCCUUUAAAAAACUUUGUUCGUCAACUGGAUGGGCACGAUUACCCAUCUUGGAUCGUAUUCAGGAUCUCGAUCCCCGUAUAACAUUGACAUUCAUCUAUGGAUCUCGUUCAUGGAUUGAUCGUCAAACAGGUUUACAAGCCAAAUAUAUUUUGGCAACCAAAUCCGUUAGUGGUGGUGUUGGUAAUCAUCCUCGUAUACUUUUGACUUCAUCCGAUGAGAAUAGCGAUGGAGAUGAUGAUUUAAUCGAUUUAGAUGGUCUUCAACGUAAAUCACGACUCAAUAUUGAACGUGUAGAAGUACAUGUGAUACAAGGUGCUGGCCACCAUGUUUAUGCUGAUAAACCAGAAGAAUUCAAUGAUCUAAUAUUGUCCAUAGCUGAACAAAUUGAUCAAGCAUUCAUGAAAAAAAUUCCUUAUAAUAGUGAACAAGAUAUCGACAGUGGUGAUCAAAGCGGUGUUAAUGGACAAAUGAAAAAAAAUCUUCGAAUCAAUAAUAAAUCAUUGGUUAUAGUACAGCAAUCAUCAACAACACCAUCAUCUUCUGGUCUAUCAAUGCCAUUAUCACAGCAGCAGCAGCAACAACAACAACAACAACGACAACAACAAUCAACAGAAUCGGAUGAACAAAUGAAUGUGCCAAGAAUUAGGCCUGGAAGAAAAUAUGGCAACUAUAUAAGGCCACCAAAAUUUUUAUCAAAUAUUGAUCAAAAUAUGAAUGAUAAUGGUGGUAAUAAUAAUAAUAAUAAUGUUGACAUUAGUGGACAAUAAAUAGUCGAUGAUGGUGAACAAUCAAGGAUUGUGGCAAAAAAUUAAUUGUUAGUAAUAAUAAUAAU